GUAUUUGUUGUUGCAGGAUUGAGCAGGUGUUAGACAGUUUUUGGGGCAGCCUCAGUCAGUUAGUACUAGUCAGUAAUCACUCACGUGCAAACUGCAAACAUGGCUGAAGGAGGCGAAGCUGAACUUUUCCCACCUGCGAAAAGGACAAAGUCGGUGGUGUGGGACCAUUUUGGCUAUUGGAAGAACCCACUUUGUCCCAACUUUAGAGAGCAUCAGAAAAAUGAGUGGUCGUGGAAAGACUGGAGGAAAAGCCAGAGCCAAGGGAAAGACCUGCUCCUCCCGUGCUGGGCUCCAGUUCCCAGUCGCCUGUGUUCACAGGCUGCUGCGCAAAGGAAACUAUGUGGAGCGUGUCGGCGCCAGCGCCCCGUCUACCUGGCGGUUGUGUUGGAGUAUCUGACCGCUGAGAUCCUGGAAUUGGCUGGAAACGCUGCCCGCAACAACAAGAAGACCCGUAUCAUCCCCUGUCACCUGCAGCUGGCUGUCGCAACGACGAGGAGCUCAACAAGCUGCUGGACUGAGUCACCAUCGUGAAGUU